UUCGAAGUGGAAAUCACCGGAAAAACUACAUAGCGCGGCUGAAAACACACAGAAAAGCGACGUGGAGAAAAUUGCCCAUCAUAAAAAUCAAGAGCAGACGCCAGCGGAAGCAGAGCGUCAGCGGCAGUGUCAGUGGCAGCGCGCGGAAUGCGAAACGCGAAUGAAUGCGACAACGAAUGCUGAUAACAAAGCGUGCGACGCGUUAAUAACAAUAACAAAAGCAGAAGAACAACAAGAAUCGUACAAAAAAACACAAGAGAAUCGCGCGUUUAAUUAACGGACUACGACGCCAGCAGCGCAGUCGACGUCGACGUCGCGUGUGAUGAUAGUGUGGCCAUAGUGUGUCAGUGUGUGCGUGUGCGUAGGAGUUUCUUUUGAUAUAAAAACUGCAUUUGAUUGCAUUUUCGGCGGCAUUUGCGAAACGACCGGCCGCCGGCAAAGAACAUAAAAACCAAACAAAAGGCAAAUCGAUAAGCAAAACGAUCAAAUGUGAAAAAUUACUAUUUAAAAAACAAAGAAAAACCAACAACAAAAUUCGAUGUAAAAACUUAUAAAAUAUACGUAAAAAAUGCAACCAUUCCGUUCCGUGCCGUGCUAAGAAAAACAACGUAUACGAUCCGAAAUUUAUAUAAAUCUAUAUCUAACUAUAAACCUAAGUGUAUUCUAAACAAUUCUAAUGUGCAAUUGAAACAAUCAAUUUUGUAAUAUAACUGAGGAUUUAAUGAAAGAAUAAGUGAAGAAAGAGUUACAAUAAAACAUCUUUAAACGGAGACUUUUGUUUGGAAGCCUUUAAGCUACCGAAAAAAAACAGGAACCGAACAGCAUUUAACCAUCAAAUAUUUCAAUCUGCGCUUGGCACUCGCUUGACUUCUGUCUGGUUUAUUGAGUGCAGGCACACAGCAGUUGAGACGAAACAGAGGAGAUUCCCGUGUAUGAAACCAGAGGAGCAGAUCUACCAGAAAACAGCUAAUAAAUAAAACCCAACGGAAUGGAAAAAAUGCUAGGCCAGGCCGUUUGUCGAGCGUUGACAAUUUGACGCUGGAUCUGAAGAGAAUCUACUUUGCACUCGCCUUCGUUCACCUUCCCUCCCGCGAGAAAGGGUAGUGAGAGAGAGAGAGAGAAACGCAGAGUUAGAGCCACCCCAAGGGUGCGUUAUUCCCCACUCAACAAAAAACUCAAGCUUACAGAAAGCUCAAAGCUACAACGCACACACAAUGCAGUGCCACAAGAACAAGCGAGUGGCAGGACUACUCGUAGUGCUGAUCCUUUGCAUCGUCAGCAGCGGCAGGGCACUGCCAGACAGUCCACAGCACAGUCUCGACCAUGGCAUGGGCAUGGGAAUGGGAUCCCACGGCAUGGAUGUGAGUCCUGCGCCAGGGUAUGGUGUGCCAGCCAUACCCAAGGAUCCAAACUCGCGCUGCGAGGAGAUCACGAUACCCAUGUGCCGCGGCAUCGGCUACAAUAUGACAUCGUUUCCCAACGAAAUGAACCACGAGACGCAGGACGAGGCGGGCCUGGAGGUGCAUCAGUUCUGGCCUUUGGUGGAGAUCAAGUGCUCGCCGGACCUCAAGUUCUUCCUGUGCAGCAUGUACACGCCGAUCUGCCUGGAGGACUACCACAAGCCCCUGCCCGUGUGCCGCAGCGUCUGCGAGCGUGCGCGCUCCGGCUGUGCCCCCAUCAUGCAACAGUACAGCUUCGAGUGGCCCGAGAGGAUGGCCUGCGAGCAUCUGCCGCUGCAUGGGGACACGGACAAUCUGUGCAUGGAGCAGCCUUCGUACACGGAGGCGGGUGGUAGUGGCGGCAGCAGCGGCGGAUCGGGCAGCUCUGGCAGCGGCUCGGGAGGAUCGGGCGGCAAGCGCAAGCAGGGCGGCAGCUCUGGGGGCAGCUCGGGCGGCUCGUCGACGUCGAACAAGUGCCGCGGAAGGAAUUCAAAAAACUGCCAAAAUCCCCAAGGGGAAAAGGCAAGCGGAAAAGAGUGCGCGUGCUCGUGCCAGUCGCCGCUAAUCUCCCUGGGGAAGGAGCAGCUCAUGCAGCAGUCGCCCAUGCGGCACCAUCACUGGUACAUGAACCUGACUGUCCAAAGGAUCGCCGGCGUACCAAACUGCGCCAUUCCGUGCAAGGGUCCGUUCUUCAGCAACGACGAAAAGGACUUCGCCGGCCUCUGGAUCGCCCUGUGGUCGGGUCUAUGCUUCUGCAGCACCCUCAUGACCCUAACCACAUUCAUCAUCGACACCGAAAGGUUUAAGUACCCGGAACGGCCGAUUGUCUUCCUCUCCGCCUGCUACUUCAUGGUGGCCGUUGGCUACCUCUCGCGCAACUUCCUCCAGAACGAGGAGAUCGCCUGCGACGGGCAUCUGCUCAAGGAGAGCUCCACCGGCCCCCACUCGUGCACCCUGGUCUUCCUGCUCACCUACUUCUUCGGCAUGGCCUCCUCCAUCUGGUGGGUGAUCCUCAGCUUCACCUGGUUCCUGGCCGCCGGCCUCAAGUGGGGCAACGAAGCGAUCACCAAGCACUCGCAGUACUUCCAUCUGGCCGCCUGGCUGAUACCCACCGUCCAGUCGGUGGCCGUGCUCCUGCUCUCCGCCGUCGACGGUGAUCCCAUUCUGGGCAUCUGCUACGUGGGCAACCUCAAUCCGGACCACCUGAAGACCUUCGUGCUGGCCCCGCUCUUCGUCUACCUGGUGAUUGGCACGACCUUCCUGAUGGCCGGCUUCGUGUCGCUCUUCCGGAUACGAUCGGUGAUCAAGCAGCAGGGCGGCGUGGGCGCCGGCGUCAAGGCCGACAAGCUGGAGAAGCUGAUGAUCCGCAUCGGCAUCUUCUCCGUGCUGUACACGGUGCCGGCUACCAUUGUCAUCGGCUGCUAUCUGUACGAGGCCGCGUACUUCGAGGACUGGAUCAAGGCGCUGGCCUGUCCCUGCGCCCAGGUGAAGGGUCCCGGCCGUAAGCCCCUCUACUCCGUGCUGAUGCUCAAGUACUUCAUGGCCCUGGCCGUGGGCAUCACCUCCGGCGUGUGGAUCUGGUCCGGCAAAACGCUCGAGAGCUGGCGCCGCUUCUGGCGUCGAUUGUUUGGGGCGCCCGAUCGCACUGGGGCCAAUCAGGCGCUGAUUAAGCAGCGACCGCCCAUUCCGCAUCCGUACGCCGGUUCCGGGAUGGGCAUGCCCGUGGGCUCGGCGGCUGGAUCGCUGUUGGCCACGCCCUACACACAGGCUGGCGGCGCCUCGGUGGCCAGCACCAGCCACCACCAUCUGCACCACCAUGUUCUCAAGCAGCCGGCGGCCAGCCACGUAUGACAUGGAGAGUCGGGAGGAGCUUCAACCAUGGGCGGUGG